AUUUUGAGCUUACAGCUACCAGCCUGUGAGGUGGUAAGCCUCGUGGGUUUAACAGCAUUUCGCAAUUGAACCUCCAUGUCGGGCUAUAUCACUCUUUACAUGACCGCGACUCCGUGCCUACGAGGCCACCAUGGGUGUCCAUGGACUCUGGACGAUAGUUCAGCCCUGUGCACGGCCUGUGAAGCUCGAAACCCUUAAUCGGAAGCGGCUGGCUGUCGAUGCAUCGAUCUGGAUAUAUCAGUUUCUGAAAGCGGUACGCGACAAGGAUGGAAAUGCGCUUCGCAAUUCCCAUGUUGUCGGAUUCUUCCGUCGGAUCUGUAAGCUGCUUUACUUUGGAAUCAAGCCGGUAUUCGUAUUCGAUGGCGGCGCACCUAUUUUAAAGCGACAAACGAUAGCGAACCGAAAGAAACGGCGAGAGGGCCGCAGAGAAGAUGCCGUUCGAACCGCGAGCAAGCUUCUUGCAGUCCAGAUACAAAGAACCGCUGAGCAAGAAGCAGCCAAGCGCAAGAAGCGGGCAGCAAGGGUUGAGGAAGACGAGGUUCCAGAUAACCCUGUGUAUGCGGAUGAAAUAUUCAUGACCGAAAAGGAGAAAAAACAAUCUCGAGCCUUUAAAAAGAAGGACGCCUACCAUUUGCCCGAUCUCCACGCCUCACUUGAGGAAAUGGGAGCUCCAAAUGAUCCACGUAUCAUGUCCCGAGAAGAGCUUGAAGAAUAUGCGCGACAAUUUCACCAGGGAGAGGAUAUCAAUCUCUACGAUUUUUCAAAGAUUGAUUUUGACAGUCCCUUCUUUCUAAGUCUCCCCGCGACAGAUCGGUAUAAUAUUUUAAAUGCAGCCAGACUCAGGAGCCGAUUACGUAUGGGAUACUCGAAAGAGCAAUUAGAUAAUAUGUUUCCGGACCGUAUGGCGUUCUCAAAGUUCCAGAUUGAACGGGUAAAGGAAAGAAACGAUCUCACCCAGCGGCUAAUGAAUAUAAAUGGCAUGAAUGGCGAAGAGGCAUUCUACAACUCCGGUCAGCGAAUUGCUGGUGAGCGUGGUAAAGAGUAUGUGCUAGUGCAAGAUAGUGCCGUUGAAGGUGGCUGGGUGCUCGGUGUUGUUGGCAACAAGGAAGAAGGCCAUCAAGAAAAGCCUAUUGACGUCGACAAAUACUUUCAUCAUGAAAUAGAACCCGAAAAUGAAGAGUUUUCGGACGAUGAAGAAGAGUUCGAGGAUGUACCUAUUGAGGGUAUUAAUCGUCUCCCCAAACUCCAAAUUUUCCAGUCAGGCGUUUUAGAUGAAUAUAUCCUGCCACAAACGCGUACUGAGAUUGAGCACGACAGCGAUUCUCUUUUUGUUCAAGGCCCUGAAGUCAAUUCUCAGCGUCAGAGUCAUCUCGGCAUUGACGAUGUAUUCGAGGACGCUGCAAACAGUGAGGAUGAAGACCUCCAGAGGGCGAUUGAAAUGUCACUACAAAAUGGAGACUCUGCGGACGAGCAUGAUCACGAUAUGCUAGAAAUUCCAGUCAAUCGAAAGAUAUCUCCGGCGCUUAUACUGAAAGAGACUACAUCGAAGUUCGUUGAAAGCGUUGAGGAUGAUGAUGAUCUGGACUUUGCGGCUGCUUUGGCACAGUCAAAGAGGACUAAAAACGAACCUUCUAAAGUUGUGUCGCACCCAUUUACUGGGCCACUCCCAUUUGAGACUCUUGAUUUUAGCAGGUCAUCCAAGAUAGAGCAACCAACUCGACAGGACGAAAUUGAUGAAGAUGCGGGCGGUUUUGAAAAGGAGCCCUCGAAACUGUCUAAAGAAAAGCUACCUUUGCCUCCAUGGUUCUCUGGGCCGAAUCAAACUGCCCAGUUCGUCGCGGAUAAGGAUGAUGACGACUCAUUAGAGAGAUAUCGAGACAGGGCUAUGACCCCGGACCAUUUAUUUUUAAAAGAGCAUCGAUCCCCGGAUGUCAUCGAUAUUGACCAAUUUCCGGAGAAUAAAGUUAUCGAUCUAGAUCCAGACUCUACAGACGAGGCCGAUAUUGCAACUGCGGGGUUCACCAAAACUACAGCUACAACUGAACUAGAAAGACAAAAUACGCGUUUAAAGUCACCUAAGGUACCGUCAGUGGAUGGCAAAGACUCAAAGUCUCCGGCGCAGUCGGAUCAUGAGGCCUAUGAGUGGGAGGCAAGCGAUGAUGAGAAGCUUGGAGUUGUAGCGAAAGGGCCUGUCCCAGCCCCCGAACGAACACCAACCCCCGAGUUUGAAGACGUUGUGAUAGGGCCAGAGGGGCCAGAUACUGCCGCCCCCUUUAUCCUGGACGAUCAACCGGAGAUUACCCAACCGAUUGAGUACGUGGACGAAGAUGAAUUCUCGGAUCCCGAAGAUGAAGAGUUACUCCGACAACUCGCCGCUGAAGGAGAAGAGCACGUCCGAUUUGCGGCAACCUUGAAUUCCACUGCCCAGGUGGAAAGCUCUUUUGAUUAUGAGCAAGAACUCAAGCAGCUGCGCUCGCAACAGAAGAAAGACCGUCGAGAUGCCGACGAGGUUACGCAGAUAAUGAUUACCGAGUGCCAACAGCUGUUGACUCUAUUUGGUCUUCCAUAUGUAACCGCUCCGAUGGAGGCCGAGGCGCAGUGUGCCGAACUGGUCACGUUGGGGCUUGUGGACGGGAUUAUUACGGACGAUAGUGAUAUUUUCUUGUUUGGAGGGACCCGAGUCUACAAGAAUAUGUUCAACCAGAGCAAAUACGUUGAAUGCUACCUCACAUCAGAUCUGGAGAAAGAAUAUGCCCUUCACCGACGGAAGCUUAUCAGCUUCGCACACCUGCUUGGGAGUGACUAUACGGAAGGGAUCCCAGGAGUUGGUCCGGUUACAGCCUUGGAAAUCCUCACCGAAUUUUCGGGUUUGGAUGAAUUCCGUGAUUGGUGGACUAAGGUUCAAACCGGGGUGAACGUCUCUGGCGACAGUCAUGCGGGGUUCUACAAAAAGUUCCGAAAACAAGCUACGAAGAUUUUUCUGCCUCCAACCUUUCCGGAUCCUCGCGUUGACGAGGCAUAUCUUAAACCUGAGGCAGACCUGGAUCCGUCUGCGUUCCAGUGGGGAGUACCCGAUCUGCAUGGACUCCGGCAUUUUUUGAUGGCGACAAUCGGAUGGAGCCAAGAACGUACGGACGAGGUUCUUGUGCCCGUGAUUCGCGAUAUGAACCAACGAGAGCAGGAAGGGACGCAGUCUAAUAUCACUAAUUUCUUCAAUGGGCCGCAGGGAGCGGGUGCAUUCGCCCCUCGGGUCCGCUCCGGUGGCCCGAGUCGAAUGGAACAGGCAUUCAACCGACUACGGCAGGAGGCUGGGGCAGAGAACGGCCAUAACCCAUGCAUUAGCCCUGAAAACUCCCUAGAGGGUCCUAGCUCUUCGACAAAGGGCAAGGGGAGCAAACGGCAAGCUCCUGACCCGGGAACCGCAGACCAAGGCCACGGGGGGGUCAGGGGUGGUGACGAUACGACGACGAAGAAACGUAGAACCCGAAAGAACAGAAAAAUGUAAUGGGGGGGGGAUCGAUGGUGGAACUGUGUCCUUUCAUCAUGUUAAUCGAUCGGGGGAUAGUUACGCGAGGCAGUCCCCAUCCCCACCGUUCAUCAUACCUACCUAGGUAGUGUUACAUGGGGGGCCAAGGACGAACCAGACAUGAAGACCGAGCGGAGACUACGAGACGAUCUCCCGACACAGGAGACCUGAAGUAGAUUAGAAUGCUAGCUGAUCCUUUAAUAGUCUAUUGAAGUUUUAGGCUUACGCUAGAUACUCUGGUAUGUAUAUGUAUGUACCUGCAUAGUCCUGAUCUGAUAAUUUACCAGCAAUUCGAUUCUAUUUACCUUGGAGAU